CCGCGCGCCCGCUCUGCCCCGCCACUCGAUUUGUGAAUGAAGCCCCCACCGGCGCGUGCCGCCUUGCCGCUCGCGCUCAGUCGCGCCUACGACGAACGCGCAGUCACGCGAGCGCAUGUUUCAAUUUCAAAUUUUGACGUCUCGAAAUUUGAAAACCGUGCGAGUUGUUUUACGUUCCUAACGAUUAGCACUUGAGUGGAAGUUAUUAGCUUGUUGCACUGCUGAUGUGCAAUAACCGCCGUGAGUCGCAGAGCAGGUAACUGGACUACGAAACCUGCCUUUGGGAAAGCCAACAUCGUCAGACACCCAUCGACGUAAACGGUUCAGAGGGUAUCGGUGGCAUCGCGGAGCGGCUGCCGGCGACCGGAUGUGCCACUGGCGACAUAAUGUGGCUACUUGAUGAGCCCAAUCAACCUUAUGAAGAUUGCGAGCAAUUACUUUGCUUUCGAUACUACAAUGGUGAAGGGGAAGAGUGUGUGGCAGAGUCCUCUACUCUGCCGCCGCGAUUCAAGGUUGACCUCAAGAAACUGCCACUUCGUCUUAAAGAAGGCAUCUCUAGGAAACGAAGCGGCGAUCAGGUCUCGCCUUUCUCAUACAACAACGAGAGCUUCGAAAUGAACUCGGAGAAUCCACCAAGAAUCGAGUUCGUUCCCGGCACGAGUCAAGAAAUCAAACACCUUAGUGAAAAUGUCAACAAAUGCUCAAUUAGUGUUUUAGAAAAUAACGGGAACAAUGUGAGUCUCGAAGAAGCAAAAUGUGAUCCUAGCAAAUUUCUAGUUAGUAAUAGAAAUAAAGAAUCUCGUGUAAAUAGUGAAUCUCAAAGUGCUACUGAUUGUAAACCAACGUCAUCGGGUGUAAAGAAAAAAUAUCCUCCACCAGUGGACACUGGCGGCGGUCAAGGGCUUAAUGGUGUCAAGAAAAAAGCCAAAGCUAACAGCGGCUUCGAUUCUCCCGCAUCUCCGGGCACAGAGUACUAUAAAAUAUGGUCACCAAAGAAUCCAUGCAAAAUAAUGAAGUUCGUAUACGACGUAGAAGGUGCGAACAUGCCAAGUGAUGCAGAAAAAUCGCCAGUACCGCCUUUACCGCCGAGACAAUCGCACAAACCGCUCGAAAGAAUGCACGCAUUAUCUCCACCGCAGGUCCCAAGGCAUCGAAAGCCAAAAAAACUGACCAAACCCGAAGAUGCCUUCACUUUUGAAUUGAUAGACACAGAUGAACAAUUUUUUACGGAGAAGAAUAUCACAAAUUCUUCGGCUUUGCAAGGUGGAAUCAAUGAUUUUAAACCCGGAGAAUUUUACUCAGGGAACCAGGUGGCAAUGUCUUCGACGGCCAGUUUUUGGAGAGGUGGUCAAAACGUCGCUCCCUUAGCGACACCAGAAACAGACGGCAGCUUAUGUGAAUCUACGAUCACUUCCAUGAAAGUAGCUAGGUUAACUGAAGAAAAGAAAAAAGAUGUACCUGAUGGCUCACCUAGUAUUAGUAGGAAUAAGAUUAUGUUUAUUAAAGAUAUUGGACCUGAUAAUUAUAUAACAACUACGUUUGCCAGGAAAGACACGGUAGCUCAUCCAACGGACACUGUUGACGGUGUCAAUCUUACGCCAAAUCACUCGUCUGAGGAGAAGGCUCAGAAUACAUUUUUGAAUGAUAUUAGUAAUCAUUCGGAGUUCGAAGACGACAACAAAAAUCAAAUUGAGGAAAAGGAAAUCUCAACAUUGAAAGGUCACAAACCAUUAACAAGGCAAAAUUCCGGUCGUGCGAAUACACCAACAAUGAUGACAGCAUUUUUAAACUCGUCGCAUAUUGAUUCAACAAACAGAGAAACGGAUAACAACAGUUCAAAUGCGCCUAGUUCGUGCAAUUCUUCGCAUUCGGGGUCACCAGUGGAAGAAAGCAAGACUUUACCUAGUGUAGGUACUAUGAUAAUGAAUAGAAAAUAUUCUAGUGACACGUUGACGCCUAAACAUUCCAGCUUGCCACGUCAUUUACUGAAGAAUUUGGGAUGUGAAAGCACCCCGAAACACUCCCCUCAUAAGACUAACAAUGAUAGUCCUGUGAGACCACAUCCAAGGGUUCUAACUCGAGUAGCAGCGUUAGCUGGAUCAGCUAUGCCACAGUGUCCGCCAACACCAACCCACCAUGCAAGGAGACCUCGGCCAUUGCCACCUCCAGAUCUACACCCACCUCCUAUACAAAACGCUGAGAGCAGGGAGAAUUUCGAAAUGGUUGAAUUCACAAGCGAGUUAAGAACGUCUGAGAUUAGAUCUCCAAAUCUGGAAUUUGUGAACAGCAACCAUUUCACGAUAGUGCAUCCGGGGCCUCCUGAUGAUGUUGUUUUACGAAGGCCAAGACCGAUUGAAGAUAACGACGAUAAUGACAACGCUGUGGCGUCGCCAACUCCUCUGAGGCACAUGGCGGGGAUCAGAUUGCCGUCAAUACCUGAGAGGGCGUCGCGACAAAUGGCGUUGACGGGAGAUUUUCCUGCCAAUAUGAUUGGCGGGAUCAUCGAAUGCGAAGAACCUUUGCCUGCAGGAUGGGAAGCGCGAAUGGACAGCCACGGUCGAGUGUUCUACAUCGAUCACAUCAAUCGAACGACAACGUGGCAAAGGCCUAGUGCUAAUGGCACCACUCCUCGGUCACCAGCUCCUGAAGUGCAAAGAAGGCAGUUGGACCGAAGGUAUCAAUCUAUCCGACGCACAAUGACGCGCACGCAGCUGGCGGAGGAAGAGCGCGACGCGUGCGCCUCCCCGCCGCCCGCCGCCUCUACGUCCCGCGCGCCCGCGCCAGACGCGCCGCACGCGCCGCACCCCGCCGCGGAGUUCUUGGCCCGACCCGACUUCUACUCCAUAUUGCACAUGAAUCAGGAAGCGUCGUCCCUCUACAACGGCAACUCAACGCUCAAGCACAUGAUCUCAAAAAUCCGCCGCGACACGGCGUCAUUCGAGCGGUACCAGCACAACCGCGAUCUGGUCGCGCUCGUCAACAUGUUCAGUGAGACUGACAGAGAUCUACCGCUGGGAUGGGAUACGAAGCUCGAUCGGAAUGGAAAGCGUUUCUUCGUGGACCACGUGAUGCGACGAACGACGUUCAUCGACCCUCGGCUGCCGCGCGCGCCGCAAGCAGGUCCCUUCUCGCCUCUACUGCCGCAACGCCGCAGGCCUAUAUUGAUUGAUCAGGCGCCGACGCCGCCGCCGCGACCGCCGUUGACGACUCUUGAUACGCACAUACAAGACUCACAACCUGAAAUACCUGUUGCAUACAAUGACAAGGUAGUGGCAUUCCUCCGCCAGCCGAACAUAAUGUCGAUUCUGCGCGAGCGCGGCGGCGGUUGCGGCGGUGCGCUGCGGGACAAGGUCAACGCGGUCCGGGUGGAAGGUAGUGCCGCCUUGGCGAGGUACCAAAACGACGUGCAGCUAACUUGUCUACUCAGCCUGUUCGAGCAGGAAAUCAUGAGCUACGUGCCAGCUGGCGGGUGCGGGUCUGCGGCGGGGGGUCUGGCAAGUGCGGGAGUGAUGUCCUCCCCUGCGGCGUCACCUGCCGCUGCACGCAGCACCCGUGCGCCCGCACCGCAAAGACGCGACUUUGAGGCCAAACUUCGCGCCUUUUACCGUAAACUGGAAAGCAAGGGAUACGGACAGGGUCCUGGAAAACUCAAAUUACACAUUCGUCGUGAACAUCUUCUAGAGGACGCUUUCAGACGAAUUAUGUCUUGUAGCAAGAAGGAACUGCAAAAAGGCAAAUUAUGCGUAUUGUGGGACGGGGAGGAAGGCUUGGACUACGGCGGGCCGAGUCGAGAGUUCUUUUUCCUCCUCUCCAGGGAGCUAUUCAACCCUUACUACGGACUUUUCGAGUACUCAGCCAAUGACACUUAUACUGUUCACGUGUCCCCAAUGUCUGCUUUCGUCGAUAACCAUCAUGAAUGGUUCCGUUUCUCGGGUCGCGUAUUAGGCCUGGCGCUAGUUCACGGCUACCUGCUCGAAGCAUGGUUCACCCGCGCCCUCUACCGUGCCUUACUGAGACUGCCGCCCGCUCUCGAGGACGUCGACGCCCUUGAUGCUCAAUUCGCUGCUUCGCUACGAUGGUUGCAGAGCGCUUGUAGCGUGUCAUCACUGGAACUAACAUUCGCGGUGUCAGAACGCCUGGCCGACGGGCGGGUGCUGGAGCGCGAACUGCGCCCAGGCGGCCGCGAUUUGCCCGUCACCGAUCGCAACAAAAAGGACUAUCUAGAACGACUGGUUCGCUGGCGCGUCGAGCGUGGCGUCGCCGACCAGACGGAAUGGCUGGUUAGAGGGUUUCACGAGGUAGUAGAUCCCCGCCUAGUGGCGGCGUUCGACGCGCGGGAGUUGGAACUGGUGAUCGCAGGCGCACCCGAACUUGACGUAAACGACUGGAGAGCAAAUACGGAGUACCGCGGUGGCUACCACGACCACCAUCCCGUCAUCAUUUGGUUCUGGCAGGCUAUCGACCGUUUCACGAAUGAACAAAGACUGCGCCUUGUACAAUUCGUGACGGGGACAUCGUCGAUUCCCUACGAAGGUUUUUCAGCGCUGCGCGGCUCCACCGGCCCACGACGCUUCUGCAUCGAACGCUGGGGCCGGGUUGAGUCCUUACCACGAGCCCACACUUGCUUCAACCGCCUUGAUCUACCCCCUUACCCCACUCCACAGCUUUUAUACGAAAAGUUAUUACUUGCUGUGGAAGAAACCAAUACCUUCGGCAUUGAGUGAAUUAUCUGCUAUUCAGCUUCGGAACGCAAUUUAGAUCACGAGAAACUUUUGUAUUUUGUACAUAGUUAAAUGUGAUGCUAUUCUAGAGUCGACCAUACGCGGUAUUUAUUUAAGAACGUAAACUCGUAUGACGAAAUAUUUAAAGAACUGAUAUUGUAACCGAGAUAGCGAGCAGUGGGCGAGUCGUCCCAGAAGUUCGACGGCCGCAUGUUUUUCAAUCGAGCUAUAAUUAUCGAUAUUAAUUGCAACCAUUGUUGUCGUUGUAAAUAAUAGUCAAUUGAUAGCUUAGGGUUAAGCCCCAUUGGUCAGUACGCGUCAUUUCGUCCUUUUGAUAACUACAUUGCUGCGAAAUCAGUAAACAAAUG